GAGUAUCAACAGCCUAAUCAUUUUGAGCCCAGGAUGAUGUUUGACAUACGAGAAAACUUGAUUCUACUUGAAAACCAACUACCUUUCUCCAUCAUUUGGGAUAUAUAUCAUGAGAUCAAUCGUGAUCUCCAAGAUGCAACAUGGGAAUCUUUUCUUGAUCUUGUUACCUACAUUUUUGGAAAGCACACAAGCGAUAUUGCUACGUUUCAUUUUCAAAAGCACAAGUUUUCACAAGUGGCAGAAACCAGACAGAUUGUAAAGGGAAGCAAGCAUUUCACUGAUUUACUAAGGAGUUUUAUGCUGAAGGGAUCCAUUGAACGAACUUAUAGUUUUAAUCCUAUCAAGCUGAAAGAUAGUGCGGUCAUGCUUCGCAAGGCAGGAGUGAAGUUUCAGGUCGCCGAAGACAAAUGUUUGCUUAACAUAACAUUUGAGAAAGGAGUGUUGAAAAUACCACUCUUGGAAGUUGAUUACCACUUCGAACGUGCUGUACGAAAUAUCAUGGCCUUGGAGCAGUGCUUGUACCAGAAUGAAGCUUACGUAUGCAGUUACAUUAAGUUUAUGGACCAUCUUAUCGACAGUGCAGAAGACGUGGGUUUGCUAGUCGGAAAGAAAAUCAUUACCCACAGGCUAGGUAACGAUGCCGCAGUUUCAGUUAUGAUUAACAAGCUUUGCGAAAAUAUUAGUGACCCUUAUACUUAUUAUGAUGAUAUAUGUGAAAAGAUGAAUGACCACUGUGAUAGCCUCCUUAACCGUAUGAAGGCAACCUUGGAACUUGUAUAUUUCCCCCAUGUUUGGAGAGGUACGGGAACUGUUGCAGCUGCUAUCCUCCUGAUUCUCACUUUGAUACAGACUAUAACUUCCGUAAAGUCGGUAUUCUAGGAUUUUAUCUUGUUUAGUUUUAUUAUCCCUUCGUAAUGCUGGAUUGGAUUAUUAUUGUUAAAAUUGCAGUUAAACUUUGGGUUUCUGUAGUUCUGAACUAAUAAUAUUGUAUCAAUUUCUUGUUGUGUUGUCCUAAAAUUGAGUUUGUA